CCACAUUCUCAUAAUUUAAGUUCUAAGCUCUAUGCAUUAAAUCUAGCAACUACCAGGCUAUAACCAAAAUGGCUUUCCCACUCACUUCUGUGUGUACACUCAUUUGUUUUCUUCUCAUUUUCUCCAACUAUGGAACCUUCACAUCUGCACAGACAAAAACCACGAGCAUCGGAGCAGUCAUCAACGAUGAUACUCGUAUCGGAAAGCAAGUGAAGGCAGCCAUGAAAGUAGCUGCUCAAAACUUCAAUAGCUCCUCUUUGUACCAUAAAUUAUCUCUUCAUUUUCGCAACCCUGGUGGAAAUCCCCUCCAAGCAGCUUAUGCAGGUAUCGCACAGGCUUCCACCGAAGGCGAGGCCAUGGGCCCGCUUUGACGACAGAGCCGGUCUGUGGCUUUUCUUUUGACAUUGUAGUCCCUUGUUUAUACUUACUUUUGGCCUUGUAUAAUUUUUGUAACAAACAUUGUUUAUAUUUACAAAGGCAUGUAUAUG